CGGAUGUGAAUGCUGGGUCAGGCAUUAUAGGACUAGUUGUUUGCGGCUGGAAUAUUAAGAAAAUGCCAAUGACGCCCCAGCUGUCUCCUGUUGAAGAGCAGGAAAGGCUAUUGGACGAGGCUUUGAGUGUUGUUAAAAUUCAAGCUUUGCAAAUGAAGAGAUGUCUUGACAGAAGCAAGCUCAUGGAUGGCCUCAAACAUGCUUCAACAAUGCUCGGCGAAUUGCGCACAUCUUUAUUAUCACCGAAGAGCUAUUAUGAAUUAUAUAUGGCAAUAACUGAUGAACUUCGUCAUUUGGAAUUUUACCUGUUUGAUGAAUUCCAAAAGGGACGCAAAGUGGCAGAUUUGUAUGAGCUUGUGCAGUAUGCUGGAAAUAUUGUACCUAGAUUGUACCUACUGAUCACUGUGGGGCUGGUGUACAUCAAGACAAACACUUGCUUGAAGCGCAACUUGCUGAAGGACAUGGUGGAGAUGUGUCGAGGGGUUCAGCAUCCCCUUCGAGGCUUGUUCUUGCGGAACUACUUGUUGCAGUGCACACGCAAUGUGUUGCCAGAUGUUGCUGAGCCAGGGGAUGAGUCAGAAGGCUCGGUUCGGGAUUCCAUUGACUUUAUCUUGAUGAACUUCGCGGAGAUGAACAAGUUGUGGGUGCGUAUGCAACACCAGGGACACUCACGUGAUAGGGAACGACGUGAACGUGAACGGGAGGAGUUGCGUAUUCUUGUAGGCACUAACCUAGUUCGACUUUCUCAACUGGAAACAGUUAACCUUGACAAAUACAAGAAGUUGGUGUUGCCUGGAAUUUUAGAGCAAGCGGUAAGCUGCAGGGAUGCAAUUGCACAGGAGUACCUGAUGGAAUGCAUUAUACAGGUAUUCCCUGAUGAAUUCCACUUGCAAACAUUACAUGCAUUUCUGAAAUCUUGUGCUGAGCUGCAACUUGGAGUGAAUGUGAAGAACAUCAUUAUCUCCCUUAUUGAUAGACUGGCCACCUUCUCACAAAGGGCAGAUGCUUCUGUGGGGACUACUGGCAUCCCCAGUGAUGUUCGCCUCUUUGACGUGUUUUCUGAUCAGGUUUCCACCAUUAUUCAGUCACGACAAGAUAUGCCACCUGAGGACAUUGUAGCCUUGCAAGUAUCAUUGGUGAAUCUGGCACAUAAAUGCUACCCAGACCGUGUUGAUUAUGUCGACAAAGUUCUUCUCACCACACUACAAAUCUUCCAGAAACUGAAUACUGACAGGAUCGAAUACAACAGUCCCGUAUCUCGAGAGCUAACCCGGCUGAUGAAGAUUCCAGUUGACAACUAUAACAGUCUCUUAACAAUCCUCCAGUUGCAGCAUUAUGGGCCUCUGUUAGACCUCUUUGACUACCAUGGUCGAAAGAAUCUGGCUGCAUAUCUAGUCAAUAAUGCUCUUGACAAUGAGACUCAAAUACCAACACAAGAGCAGGUUGAUGCUGUUCUGACAAUGCUUUCAUCAUUAAUCCAAGAUCAGUUAGACCAGCCUCCUGGAGAAGAAGAUCCAGAGGAUUUUGCUGAGGAACAGGGCUUACUGGGGAGGUUUAUUCACCACCUACGCUCAGACAUUCCUGACCAACAGUACCUGAUCCUCAGUACAGCACGGAAACAUUUUGGAGCUGGAGCAAAGCGGCGCAUCAAAUACACACUACCUCCUAUAGUUUUUCAAGCAUAUCAACUUGCCUUCAAAUAUAGGGCACUCCGAAAUGAAGAUGAAAUGUGGGAAAAAAAAUGUCAGAAGAUUUUCCAGUUCUGUCACCAAACAAUCACUGCUCUUAUCACAGCAGAGCUGGCAGAACUCCCUUUGCGACUCUUUCUUCAGGGAGCAAUUGCAGUUGGACUAAUGGAAUUUGAGAACUAUGAGACAGUUGCAUAUGAAUUCAUGUCCCAGGCCUUCUCCCUGUAUGAAGAUGAAAUCUCAGACAGCAAAGCUCAGCUAGCAGCCAUCACACUUAUUGCCGCUACAUUUGAGCAGAUGUCAUGUUUCAGUGAAGAAAACCAUGAACCCUUAAGGACACAAUGUGCAUUGGCAGCCUCAAAGCUGCUUAAGAAGCCAGACCAGUGCCGUGGUGUAGCAACUUGCUCCCAUUUGUUUUGGUCUGGCAAGAGAGCUUCUACUGGAGGAAAGGAGAUGCGUGAUGGAAAACGAGUUUUGGAGUGCCUUAAGAAAGGUGUUCGAAUUGGAAACCAGUGUAUGGACCCAUCCGUUCAAGUUCAGCUGUUUGUUGAACUGCUAAAUCACUACAUUUACUUCUAUGAGAAGGAUAAUGAACAGGUUUCAGUACAGGUGCUGAAUCAACUGAUUGGCAAAAUACGAGAAGAAUUACCCAACCUUGAGGCUAAUGAGGAGACAGAGCAAAUAAAUAAGCAUUUCACGAACACGCUGGAACAUCUUCGCAACAGGUUGGAAUCUCCUGAAUCUGAAGGUUUGUCAUAUGAAGGACUCAUUCUGUAGAUGUCAGGCAGUACUGGAUGGAGUCCAAUUUGGCCCUCUGCUUGUAUGAAUAACUGUUUGAGAAAGUUGUUACUUUUUAGUCUAGCAUGAAUAGCUUGUAACUUGUUUAAAGUUUAUUUAUGUCUUGACAUGUUGGAUACUCGUAUUUUCAAAAAUGACAGCAAAACUGCUGUUGAUUUCAUUAUCUUUAUAUGCUGAAUGUAUCACUUAAGGAAUGUAUUGCACAUCCAACUCUGUAAAUUAAGGAUGUUUCCAUAUAAUAAGUCAUGCUUGUUUGCAAGAUUAGUGAAAGAAAAUGUGAAGGUUGUGCAGUAACAUAUUCUUUAUUUGUUUUGGCAAUUUGGAUGUCCAAAACAGAAGGAAUAACAAAGAAGCUCUAUAUUUAACCACAUAAUUGCCAGAAUAACUGAGACAUUUGUCCCAGUGAUACACAAACUGUUUAGUUCCCAUGGAGAAGAAAUCAGUGGUCAGUGUUUGCACCCACCAGCACUACUCAUUUUUGACCUCAUGGCCACAUCAGAAAUGUUAUCCUUCAAAGUGCUUCCUCAGUGAUCUGCAGAUACGAAAGCUGCUAGAUGGAAGAUCCCAGCUGUAUAUAAUAUGGGCAUGACAUUCUCAUCAGGAAAUGCUCCAGGAAUGAGAAAGCCAGGGUUUUUUCUCUAUGUAGCUUUCUUCAUGUGCAUGGUGCUGUGCAGUAAUGCUAUUCAUUCACUCUUGCUCUGUGUUCUACGAAUUGAGUGAAAAAUGCAUCACAAACAUUAUCUUCGCUGCAGACUUCACAGUCUUGUGUGGUGCAUUUCCAUCUUUUGACACUACAUGCAGUGUCCAGGUGAUGAACCUGACAAAAGAACUUGUGAUGUUUGAGUAAUGUUGAAGUAGUGUGAGCUGGUGUCCCAUUUGCAGUGCCUCAUGCUUUGCACUCAGUUGCUUGGACUCCACCUCACCACCUUGUCUGAUGUCAUAUGCUAUACUGAUGGAAAUACUGGCAUUUGCAGUAACCUGUUCUCUUGCAUCACACCUUCUAUACAAGCCCUAUUAUGGCCUGCCACUGCAGAGUUUAUCAGUCAGCAUGCAUAAAAUACAUGUAUAAAAUUUAAUUUACAAAAGAAUUACACAACAACAAAGAAAACUGCCAUCGCAGGAUGUUACUUUGUUUAAAAUCCCAGGUAGACAGAGUGCUGUGAAGUGUUUCUGCAUAUAAUGUGCUCAGCAUCCAAUUGAUAAUAGUGUAGAUUUCGGUCAAAAUGUGUGAUUCAUAUUGUGGUAUAUUCAUGAAUAUUUUUCACAGAUGUGGGACAAGCAAGUUGUGAGCAAAAUCCAGAAUUGUUGUUGUAUUGACAUCACAUGAAAAUGAGGAAAUACCUAUAAUUUUCAUGAAUACUCUCAGCAUAUGACUUAGACAGAGCAUUAGACUUGUUACUAAAUAGGCUCAAAAGAAAUUGUUAUCCUCCCUUCCGAAGAAUAGUCUGCAAUAUGAAGUUUCGGUUACUGUUUCAAAGUGAGUGUGCUUGAUGUUCCAGAAUGUGGAACUGUUAUCAUUGUUUUAUCAGAUUCAGUGCAGUAUUACAUUGUAAGUAAUGCAACUUCUAGAAUAAUGUUUAUUUCUAAUACUUCAUCUUUCGUACUCUUGAUAGAAGCACUGUCAAAAGGAAGGAAGGUUUUUGCAUGAAAUUUUGUACUGAAGUGUUUUGAUUUUUGACUGACUGCCUAGCCAUACCUUGGUCUUUAUAUUGUAUGAGUAUUUACACCUGAUCUGGUGAUGCGUGAGUUGACUCUUUUGUUGUUACUCACUAGUGUCGCACAGGAAAUAUAACAGAAAACUUUUCUAUUGCCUGUAUGUCUGGUGAAGUGAUUUCUGGUUCCAGAGACUUACACUACAUCACAGCCUGUACUUAGUUAGUUAGUUAUUGGAGAGGGUGGGUUUCCCCAUGCACUUAGACCAGUACAGCCUGUACUUAGUGUGGUAGGCUUCAAAACACCAACAGGAAUUCUCACAUUACACUUUUUAAGUGUGUUUGUCUUCCUAUGUUCAUGCCUGGUACAGAACAAGUAAAGCAGUACAUUGCAGAGGAUCAAAUCAAAUGAUUUAUGAAAUUUCUAUACAGCUUAGUAACUUUUUUCUCCAAAACAAGGGGUCAACAUGAGUGAGGCAAUGCCCCAGCCUUUUAAGUCAAGUUCCAUAUAAGGCCAGGCUAGAAGCCUAUUUCAGUCAUUUUGCCACUGGCUGAAAAAAUUUGGAAAUAUUUAUAGUUCUCUCCUAGCAGCUGUUAUAUCCUUGUUGUUCCACAAAACUCUGAAGACUUUCAAGAACUGCCUCUGCUUAUAUAAUUUGCCAUGUGAUAGAAAGUCACACCUCAUAGCCUAGUAAUUUCAAGAUUUCUAUAUUCUAAAAAAUGUACGUAGGUCGUACCGAAAGUCAUGAGCAACUUUUUUUUGCAUGCAACUUUGGAACAGCAGA